AUGAUCAUCCUUCUUAGCACUCAAAACCGAAACCGGCAUGCUGCGCAGAGCACUCUGCCCUACUUCCGGCUGCCUGCCGCUGCAACUUGUCAUUCAAACCGCUCCACCCCAUAUGCAAAGAACCAGUCUUCCCAAGUGGACCCUGCGAGAAAAGGAAACCCUGGCCAAUUGGUGCCGAAACCCGGGAACAAAGCCCCCCGACCCACGGGUGACGGGAAUCACGCUGGCGGCAGACGAGACGACCGGAGCAGCAGGACUGACUCCGGUGGGGAGGACGCUCCCGGUACCACCGAGAUGGACACUCUCGGGAAGGUAAUUUCAGAGUUGCAUGUGCAGUGGGGAAUUCAGUGUAAAGUACAUGAUUUUACUACUGCUAUUAGGCGGUUGUUGAAGUUAAAUGCUAUUGACCACCCCGUCGACAUUCUGCAUUCAGAAUGCUGGGGCAGGUGCACGGCUGCUCUUGCCGAGGAUGUUAUUACAUCUGGCUCGAGCAAAAGCCUCAAGAGUUGGGGAAAAGUUAAAUCCGCUUUACAAAAGGCUCUAGAGGAGCAAGAGGUUUGGAAAGCCGCUCAGAGAUGUUUAAGAGUUACUCCUAAACUGGGAGUGGGAGCUGCUACCCAAACCAGUGUUUCUGAUGAAGAUAUUACUCCUAACACAUUACCAAGUACUAACACAUUAUCAAGUAAUAACACUUUUCCGAGUACUAACACUUCUCCGUUGUCGUGUUCCUCCUCUCCAACUCCAGCCUCCGAUUCUAACAUUAACCUCAGUUUUAACAUUAAACCCGAGCCGCUUCCUCACCGAGAGAGCUCCUCCUGUCCUAUUGAUGGUGCCAGUGAUGUUGGUAAAAAUCAAACAGAAAUGCCGUUAUUACCUACUGCGCCACAAUAUGGCGCCGAGGGCAAAGAAGAAGGGCGGGACUUCUACUCCAUUCCUGCCAACAAUAUGGCACCGAGGGAAAAGAAGAAGGGCGGGACCUCUACUCCAUUCCUGCCACGGACAUGCGCGGUUCUCGCCGGGGGGGGGAGGAAAGCGCGGUUCCUGGCCGGGAGGGCACACCCAAAACCAAUCAGAGAGCGAGCCCUGAAACAUUUCCUUAUAUGGGUAAAACACCCCCAGAGAAGGGGCUGGGCAUGA